AUGGAGGAACCGGACCGGCAGCAGAGGGAGUCCGCCGCAGCCCCCGUAUUCUGUGCUGGGAACCGUCAGGGGCUCUGGAGGGUCUGCAAUGCUUUAAUGUCUGUGUUUUUCGGUCUGGCUGCCUACGUGCAGGUAAACGAUCCGGAUGCAGAGGUUUGGAUGGUGAUCUAUCUGGUGCCGUCGGUUCUCGUCCUUCUUGUUAGUGUAAAUUCAGACAUAACAGGUCACGGCGUAUGGAGAGCGCUGGCGGACCUGCACUGCGCCGUCUGCCUGACCGGCGCCGUCUAUCUACUCGGAAAGCUGUUUAUGGAUAGCAGGGAAAGCAUUUUACACGAAGAGGAGGGCAGAGAAUUAUCCGGGCUCGGGAUCAUCGCGCUAUGGCUGCUGCUGUGCCGGAAAACCCAUAAGCAAAUCGUCGGCGGAUUCAGGCUCUUUAUCGCGGUUUCCGUCUCCGUAUUCCCGUUCCUGAUCUGGCUUUACAUUUAUAUCAACAAAGAGAUGAGGACGUCGUGGCCGCAGCAUUGCAAAACCGUGAUCUAAGCGUCUGCUGAAGCUCCGCGUUUCCUCGCCGCGACCUGGAAAGAAACGCUUGCCUGGUCUGAGCUGGGAUCGGCGCGAACCGACUGCCAAAAAAACCUGAAAUUCAGAAAUCUCAGCAGCUCGUCUG